GAUAAACGCUGUUUUCUUCCUUCUUUACAUUCAAACAAUGUUGCCAAAUCGUUUACAGUCAAAUUAAGUAAUUGUUUAUCAAUAAUAAGUCGACAAUGUACUUUCUAAUAAUUAGAAAUUAGAACUAUUUACUAAUGAAAAUGUCAGUUCCUCCACAUGGUUAUUUUGGUGAUAUUCUCCAAUUGAAUGUUGGAGGCAAAAGAUUCUCAACUUCAAGACAAACCCUCACCUCUAUUCCUGACACCUUCUUUACUGCUUUAUUGAGCGGCAGAAUAUCAAGUUUGAGAGACGAGAAAGGUGCAAUAUUCAUUGAUAGGGAUCCCAAGAUAUUUUCCAUUGUCCUUAAUUAUUUACGUACGAGAGAAAUAGAACUAAAUGGAACAGAUCUACGAACACUGAGACAUGAAGCAGAAUACUAUAAUAUCGCACCCUUGCUCAGAAGGCUUAUGUUGUGCGAAGAGUUGACCCAGUCAACUUGUGGAGACGUUUUAUUCUACGGUUCUCUUCCAGCACCUUAUAUUCCAGUACAUGAGCCUGCGACAAGUUUCACACCCCAUGUGGAGACCACGGCUGUACAUCAAGUGAGGCCAGGGUCAGGCAUUAGGUUGCCGGAUGGACAAGCAAGUGCAGCUGAGGGUGGGAAGCCUUCGACUAGCGCUGGAACAGAAAACUGUGAUACCUCAACGAAUCCUACUAUACAAAGUCAACAAGGAAACUCCAGUCAAGCUUCGAUUUCAACCGGGUUUGUGCAGAACAGGGCUCAAGGACAUUCAAGAAAUUCUUCGCUGGAACUAAGACUAGGAAUUCCCAACAACUACAGCAGAAGCUCCCAAGACUUGCGUGGAUUAGCAAGCCGAGGCCAUUCAAGAGCAGCCUCCUUAGAUCUGAGACACGCAAGGACUUCGUCUGCUGAUCUCAACAAACUGAUAAGAAACGAUAUAGGGCUGGUUUUUGGGAUGACAAAUUCUACAUGGGCAGAUCCUCUCAGAGUUCAAAUUAUCAAAGCACACCACAACUGGAUUGUUGCGGCAUACGCGCAUUUUGUUGUCUGUUAUAGAUUGAAAGAUUCCAGCGGUUGGCAGCAAGUCUUCACCAGUCCUUACAUAGAGAGUUGCAUCGAACGUAUUGCUAUCAAUGCAAAAAUGGGUUCGACGGAAACUUCUAAGAUGGUUGCUAUUUCUUAUGGCAGUCAAGUUAGAUUAUGGGGCAUCUCGGAUUCAGGGGCUCGCACCAACAUAGGUACUUUCAACCUCCAUGUCAGGGUAGAAUAUCUUUUCUACAUCGGUAGUCAGUUGGUAGCACUGUCUCCAUCGGGAAAACUAGGAGUUUGGCAUGCCAUGACCCAACACUGGCAGACGCAAGACGUUAUGCCUAUUGCCUCAUUUGAUACGGCUGGAUCCAUCCUGUUACUAGGCUGCAACAACGGCUGUAUAUAUUACAUAGAUAUGCAAAAGUUUCCCUUGCGCAUGAAAGACAACGAUUUGCUGGUGACCGAACUUUAUAGGGACCCCAAUAACGAACCAGUUACUGCGAUUUCUGUGUAUCUGACACCGAAAACUAAACACGAAUAUAACACAAGGAGACAUGACCUCAUUUAUCCAUAUCAUACAUUGAGACUUACUGGAAAAUCUCCCUAUUAUAUGGCAAUGAAAUUUUACAUGUUAUCAGUACUUAACCGGCUCAAAUCUCUUACUGUCUACUGUAUUUCCAUUUAUCCUUUGAAUAAUUUAGAGAGACAUGAUAAAGAUAUCUCGUUUAUUCGGCAGGUUACGCUCUCCGAGAAGUACCUCGUCUCUGUCUGUUCGGAAUACAACCAUGUACGAAGUUGGCGUGUCACUAGGUUCCGCGGUAUGCUCUCCACACAGCCUGGCUCUACUCCAGAGGCGUCGUUCAAGAUAGUAGCCCUGGAAGCUGUCGAACCUACCAUGAGCCAUGGGGCCGCUAACGAUUGCGGGCCCUUUGGAGAGCAAGACGACGAACAGGUGUUCAUUCAAAAAGUUGUUCCGGACGCAGACCAUUUGUUCGUGAGGUUAGCCAGCAAUGGUAAAAGAGUUUGCGUUAUCAGAGCAGUAGAUGGCAGUACGGUCAGCGCUUUCUGCGUCCACGAAUGCGAAGGAUCCAGCAGGAUGGGUUCCAGACCGAGACGGUUCAUCUUCACUGGUCACUCCAACGGUUCCAUACAAAUGUGGGAUUUGACCACAGCCCUCGAUCUCUCCUACAAGAACGAUGUAGGUAAAACCAAUGGUGGCCCUUCGACGGAAGAACUGCUCAUGAUGCUGGACCAGUGCGACAUUAGCAACAGCCUCUCUUCGACGCCCUGCAUGUCACCGUCGCCAUACCUGGCUGCGGCAUCCAGGCUGAAGUCCAGCAACGUCGCUUUCUUGAACCAGCAACUGCACCAAGAAGGGGAAAGGUCUUCGAGUUCGACAUAGUUCCUAAAAGACGUCGGUGAUGAUUGGUUGUGACGCGUGCGCCUCUAAGGAGGAGGCGUUCAGCGAAAAAUUAAACUUCUCUUGCCUUGUUAAGGGGUUUCCUAAUUAAUAUUAGAGUGGGAGAGGAACUAGUGGCUGGAAACGAAUACUUGCGAUAGGCAGCCUAAUUUAUUGACGAUUAUUAUUAUUAUUGCCGUUUAUUGACGACACUUGAAGUGGCCUUUCAAUGCAUGAUAUCGUUCAUAGCAAAACUCAAAAUCAGUUAGGUUUUGAGUGUUGUUUAGACACCAGGCCCUGGGCGGGACUUAUUUGCCAACGCUUUAUUAUAUGAUGGACUGGAGGUGACAAAAGAAUCUCCCUACCGAAGGGUCCCCUCAGACACAGGAAUAUUCAAAAAAGAUAUCUAUAUGAAUUUUCUCCUUGCAUGGUACCUCGGAUAAUUGUUUUGUAAAGUAAAUUCACCAAAUUUAUGUGAAUAAAUAUAUUUGUUGAUCUCCUCAGCUACCCAAGGCGAAUGUUCGUCUCUAGACGCUGUUUUGAUCGGUAAUUCGGCACCCAACGUGGGGCCGGAUAAUGGGGUUUAUAAUAAAGGAAUACGUUUCCUCGUGGGGAGGGUACUCACGGGCACAACCCUUGCAGAACAAGGGUUACUAUUAUUUUUUGGCCAUGGAUGAUGUCUGCGUUGAAAGUGUUCGAUUUUGUAAAAUUUUUAUUACUGAUUCUAAAUCAGUACACGAAAUGAAUAUAUUAAUAAAGGUAGUUUGAAGUUGGGAAAUAUGCCUUGUCUAUUUUCUUGCUUGAAAGUGAUAAGUUUUGUUUUAUUGUAACGUUUCGCCAACUUAUGCCGUUUUUUGCUUGCUUUGCAAUUAUUUUCGAUAUUGUUGACUCCAUAUAGAUAUGAUUAUAUUGUCAAUAAAGUUGUUUUUUAUAAA